CGAAGCAAAGGAUCUUAAGGGUCCUCUUUGAGUAGGGCUUGGUCUCUCGACACACUCCUAUGCUCCUGCAAUAAAAAGGGUAGAGACUCGAGAGGACAUAGGAGCAGUCUUUGGUCCUUAAAUCUCUACCCCCUUUUAUCCGUUUCCUCUCUGCUUGCAUCCACACCCAAGUAAUCUUUUCAUCUGUGUGUGAUGGGAGAGAGAUUCCUACCUGGGAGUUACUUCCAGUACACUCCCUCUGGUGCCCAUCAGGCUUCUCCUCAUAGGUCCAGUUCUCUUCCUUCAGAUCGUGAAAGAUACUUGGCUGAAUUAUUGGCAGAGAAGCAAAAGCUAGUUCCCUUUAUACAAGUUCUACCACAAUGUAGUAGGCUUCUUAAUCAAGAAAUCAGACGAGCCUCGGCUUUCAGUCAAGGUUUUGUAGAUCGUGAAAGAUAUGAACAUGAGAGUCUGUACAGGUCAUUAGGUCAACAGCCCAAUGGAAGAUCGAUGGAUUUGGAAGCAUGGUCUGGGAUUCAAACAGAGGAAAAUGGGCAUCUUCAAAGAAUGGCCUCAUUUCAGGCUGCUUCAAUGGGCUGGCCUGGUGUCCCUGGAGUCCAAAGUACACCUGUCAUAAAGAGAGUGGUCAGACUUGAUGUUCCUGUUGACAAAUAUCCAAAUUAUAAUUUUGUCGGCCGUAUACUGGGACCGCGUGGAAAUUCCUUGAAAAGAGUUGAAGCCAUGACUGAAUGCAGGGUUUAUAUAAGAGGCAAGGGGUCUGUCAAGGAUUCUGUAAAGGAGGAGAAGCUAAAAGAUAAACCUGGAUAUGAACACCUGAAUGAACCACUGCAUGUGUUGGUGGAGGCUGAAUUUCCAGAGGAUAUAAUAAACUCGCGCUUGGAUCAUGCUAUAGCAAUACUCGAAACUCUCAUGAAGCCUGUGGAUGAAUCGUCGGAUCACUAUAAAAAGCAGCAACUAAGGGAAUUAGCCAUGCUUAACGGUACCCUAAGGGAGGAAAGCCCAAGUAUGAGUCCGAGCAUGAGUCCUAGCAUGUCACCCUUUAACACUACAGGAAUGAAACGUGCCAAGACAGGAAGAUAACCUUACAUUAGGUUGAUGGAUGAUUUGUUAAUUGCUGCAUCACAGCAACUGAUUGAUACAAGUUCUUGGUAGCUUCUUUAUGCAUUUCUGUUUCUCACCACCUUGGGAGCUCUGACUAUUCAGGAAAGGCUACUUGCUCGGACUCUGGAUUAGGUUUUGUUUGCUUCACUAGAUUUGUUCAAUAUGGUAUUGCAUUUAUCUAUAGUAUUUAAUUCUUUGUUUCUUGUAUUAUUAUUCCUUUGAAACAUGAAAUUAGUUAUUUCAUUGGUUAAAUCAGCUAAUGUCUUGUAAUCUCUUAAUCUUUUCAAAUCCUCUUGACUUCUAAAUGUAUUAGAGGAUUCUUGGCAUUGAUAAUUCUGUUAUGUGAUAAACGUCUCUCUAUAAUUCCAACUUGCUGAACU